CAUUGUACAGAGUGGAUCACAAUGAGGACUUUUCCCCUGCUUCUGCUGGUUGCAUUAGCAGCCCUGGCAGAGUCUGACCAUGGGAAGCACAUGAGGCGUGCUAAGCGGGAGCUUUUGCUGCGUUCCAAAAGAAGGUGGGUUUUGUCUACGAUUGAACUAACAGAGGAAGAACCUGUCUAUGGGGAACGAACACUUGUUUCAAAGAUGUAUAAUGACAAGAAAACACACGAUGGGCAUGACUCACAGUUCCAUCUCAGUGGAAAGGGUGUGGAUGAAGGCUUUUUUAAAAUCGAUCCAAAUGACGGCAGGGUGUUUCUCUUAAAAAAAAUUGACAGAGAGGAAACCCCCCAUUUCGAGAUGAAGUUUGAAAUCUUGACGGACGGCGUUGCAAUAGACAAUCCUCUAACUAUAAUUGUAGAUGUAGAGGACAUCAAUGACAAUGCACCUAUUUUUAAUAAUCCCCUGAUUUUUGAUGUAAAGGAGAACACAAAGGGGAUCUUGCCAGUGGUGCUGGACGUUUUUGACAAGGAUCAGGAGGACACGCCUAACUCUAAAGUCACCAUCCGUAUGCUUAAACAGGAACCGGCAGAACCCAAGAUUGAGUUGAAACAGCUCAAUAACACAAGGGCCCAGCUCACAUUUAAAGGAUGUUUUGACUACGAUAAAAUCAAGACAUAUAAAGUUACGGUUGAAGCAAAAGAUCAUGGGAAAGGAUUUUUAUCCUCCACUGCUGUUGUUACUCUCAAUGUUGUUGACACAAACACCCAUCUACCAAAGUUCAAGAAAAAAAAGUUCUAUGGUGAGGUGUUUGAAUCACAGCUCAAAAAGAAUGUCUUGAGAGUCGAAGUAGAAGACAAAGACACUCGGAACACUCCUGGAUGGCGGGCCAAAUAUUUCUUUGUUGACAAAAAAGAGGAAGAAUUUUUCAAAAUUGAAACUGACCCUAAAACAAAUGAAGGUAUUCUGCACUUCAUUAAGGAGAAGCAUUACGAGAGGACAAUUAAUAUAACCUUGGAGAUCGGAGUAGAGAAUGAAGAACCCCUUUUUGUUUGUGCAGACAAAUUAACCGGCACAGUCACACUUCCACCUAUAGAUAAAAUCAAUGUCACAGUUAAAAUGUUUGAAGUCAAUGACGCACCGCAGUUUGACCCAAAGAAAAUUGAUGUGUACCUAAAGGAAGAGGAGGAGCCGCAGGACUUUCUUUUCAAACCAACGGUUACUGAUCCGGACUCUGACAUAAAGAACAUCAGGUUUGUGCUGUCAGAAGAUCCAGCAGGUUGGCUGACCAUUGACCCGAUUACAGGAAAAGUCACAUCAGUGAAGAAAAUGGACAGAGAAUCACCCUUUGUUGAGAAGGGCAUUUACAAAGCAGUCAUCUGCGCCAUUGAUGACGGUGAACCUCCAGCCAACAGUACAUGCCCGCUCCUGUUCCACCUGGGGGAUGUCAAUGACAACAAGCCAAAGCUGGCAAGCAAAAGUGUCAUUAUGUGUGGAAACAAGGGCAACAAGGCCAUGGUGCCUGUUAUAGACCCAGAUGAUCCUCCAUACAGUGGGCCCUUUGCCUUUUCUCUGGGAGGUGUUGAUGAAAAUCUGAAGACGCAAUGGAAACUAGACCCUGAUGUUGGUACGGAAGGCGGCCUUGUUAGCCUGACGCCACUUGCUUAUGGCAACUACUCUGUGCCACUGGAGAUUAAGGACCAACAGGGAAUGGGCGCACAAGAGACCGUCAAUGUGAUAGUGUGCGACUGUGGAGAAGCAGACGUUUGCCCAGCCAGAGGGCCGCUAUCAACCAGCCUCGGGGCCGCUGGUGUUGGAUUGAUUAUUCUGGGAUUGCUCAUGUUUUUAUUGCUGCUACUCCUCUUUAUAUGUCAGUUUGGACAAGGGGCGAUGGAACACAUCACCCUCCCGUACGAUGAGGGCAGCCAGACCCUUAUGAAGUACAACGAAGAAGGAGGCGGCGCUGCAAGCACAGCUAUGCCCACUAUGCCAUGGCUAUCUUCAAAUGGUGUAACUGUGACAGACAGCCUGAAACAGGCCAGCGGGCAGGUAAACACAGAGGAUCAGGUCAUGAUCCAGAAUGCGGGUAAAUACAACACAGCAGGGUCCAUCAUGAGUCAUUCUAACAUGAGGGCAAUGGAAAUGCAUCAGUGGGAAACUCGCAGAUUUCUUGGAGGGAAGAGCAUGAACUUAUCAAGGAAUACAAGCAGGAGCAACAGCUAUAGGGUACCCAUGAAGGGAGGCUCCACCAGGUACAUGCAGUCUUUCAGCAUGCGGUCAAAUAUAAUCCUUCCUGAUCUCAUCGAAAGGAAACUAUACUUGAUUGAUGGAGACAUCAUCAACCACCCGAUGCAACAGCCCUUUGAAUAUGCCUACGAGGGUCAGGACAGCGAAUGCCAGUCACUGGAUAAGCUGUCCCUCAGCAACCUGGGAGAUGAUACAGAGUUUCUGAAUGAUUUAGGCCCAAAGUUCAUGACCUUGGGCCACAUCUGUCACCAAACAGCUCCAGACAACAACACACAGAUUUGAGGGUUACAGCUGGAAUAUGAGUUUAACAUCAAGUAAGGCACUCGUCUUUACCCUGCACGCCAGCAUGGUGUGUGUGUGUUUGUUUGUGUCCCACAAACACAGACCGCCAACAACGCAGGGGCGGACUUUCAUCAAACUUCAAAGAAAUACUACAGUGGAGAGUAUCUCCAGGUAAAUCUUUGUUGGAGCAGAUCAGUCAAAGUUCAAGGUCAGGUUCAACAAAAUGAUGGCGCAUAAGGACACGUUUCCUAACAUAACUCUCUGAAUAAUAGUACAAAAUAUUAUUUUGAUCAGAAUAUGAUUCCCCAUCCUUUGAUGUCAUUUAAAAAGGUAUCAUGAAGAAGUCGGAAAAUUACAUCAUGCAUAGAUCAUUGUAGUUGUAGUUAAUUUUUUCGAGCUUUCCCUGCAUCAAAAAUUAAUUCAUAAUCAUAUGGUAUGAAUGACAUCAUCAUGACGAUACUAUGAAGUCAGAAAAUAACGUGAUAUAGUGUAGUAACGCAUUCAUUUUUGCAAAACAAUAACGUAAGAAACAGGAAUCACACGUGUGGAAAACACUGAAAGGGGCGAUGCUUACCCUGAACAUGUACAUACAGUGCAUGUUCAGGGUAAGCAUCGCCCCUUUCAGUGUUUUCCAUGCCUUGUUUGUGACAAUGAUAAAGAUCUGGAUUGAUAUUAAUAUAUUUAUAUACCGCAAAGUUUAGAUUUUGUACUUUUUCAUUACGCACUUAAACAUCUUUCCUGCAUUUUUCCGGCACCUCGAAGCAAAUUACACAUUUGUUGAUACCAAGGCAAUUUCCUGUAUGUGCAAAUAUACACGGCAAUAAAAAUAAUUCUGAUUCUGAUUCUGAUUCUGAUUUAUGAAAUGAAAGGAAAUAAAUACAAGAUAAGAAAAUACACGUUAGAAUAAGCCUCUCCUUUAACAGUAAUGCACUGCUUCUGCAGUCCUAAAAUAGGUAUUCCUCGUACUGUACCACCUUGGUUUUGUGCCCAAACUUUUGCAAAUGACACAUUUAGUUUCACUUCUAAUUAUCUUAAAGCCUUUUUUUUUAUGUCUGUGUGGUUUAAAUGUGGCAUUUGCACCGGGGCCCUUUAACCUUUGCACUCUGUAAAAACUGUAUUUUUGCAGAUCCAAAUAUUUUAUCGUGACAGGAUUUGAAAGCAGGAUUAUGUGGUAUAGGCUUUACUUUGCUUGGUUGAAGAUUGAUUGAAUGCACUGAAAUAAUUGUCAUGCUAUGGGGAUCUUGAAUCUGUGUAUUUGGAAAGUUACUGGGUGUGUUGGCUUUUUUUGGGGGGUACUUUGCUGCAAUGAGUUAGAUGCAAUGCCUCAGUGCAAACCUGUGUUUCUAUCUCUGGUUUUUUCAGUAUUGCUAUUUUUAUUUUUUACUACACUAAUAAGACCCUAGAAGGUUAACUGUGGAUACUGGGAAUAGUUAAGGUGUAUGCAAUGUUUUAUUUCUGGAAGUGAUUUAUUUCCUAGAGCACCAUUUUAUAAGAGUUUCUUGUUUGUGAUGGACCAGCAGAGAUUUGACUGGUUGACAGCUCCUGACUACACGGCCAAGAGGGCAAACUGUGCAGGGACCAUUCAUCGUACCAUUGUGUUUUCAGAUGAUCUACAUGAGGCAGAAAUGAGUAAAAUCAAACAACAAUUUCCCUUUCCUCUACUUACCAUUAAUGAGUUUUUCAUAGUUUUUCAAACAUGUACCUACAAAGUGUUGUAUUACGGAUUGUAUCAGCACCUGAAGCCAAAGUACUCCUCUCGUCCAAGUAAGACGUAGUCUGACAGUUGAGUGUUUGUCACGUAGAGAGUGAGGGAUUUCCUUGUUUAUGCCGUGUAAAACAUGUUUGUUUGUGUGGGUGUUUUGGGUGUGGGCGUGUGGAUGUGUACGGUAGAUGUGGACCAUCAACAUUAAAAGACAACCAUUUUGCAGUGUUAUUAAUGUUGUGCAUCUCUUUCCCACUCCAACAUCUUGCUAUGGACUGAAUAAAAAUAAGGCAGGAGUUAAACCAGUUGAA